CCUCGGGAUUGCUUCUUGAUCCCUCGUAACUCCUAUAGAAAAACAGAAGUAAAACAAAAAUAAAAUAAAAACACAAAGAUGGAGUGCUAUGAGCAGAGUCGUCAGAGAGCUGCGUUCGUUGUGCUGUUGUUUAUCGUUAUGUUGGGAUCCCAGGCACAGGCCCAACUACGCACUGACUUCUAUUCGGACAGCUGUCCAUCACUGCUCCCUACGGUGAGGCGGGUGGUGCAGCGAGAGGUGGCCAAAGAGCGUCGGAUAGCUGCUUCCCUCCUCCGACUAUUCUUCCAUGAUUGCUUCGUCAACGGCUGUGAUGCGUCAAUAUUAUUGGAUGAUACACGUUCAUUCCUCGGAGAAAAGACGGCUGGACCUAACAAUAAUUCCGUUCGAGGAUAUGAAGUCAUCGACGCAAUCAAAUCAAGGGUUGAGAGACUCUGCCCAGGCGUGGUGUCAUGCGCUGACAUCCUGGCAAUCACGGCUCGGGACUCGGUCCUUCUAAUGGGUGGCCGCGGCUGGAGCGUAAAACUAGGGAGACGUGAUUCUAUCACGGCGAGCUUCUCCACUGCUAACUCCGGCGUCCUGCCACCUCCAACCUCUACUCUUGAUAACCUUAUUAACCUUUUCCGAGCAAACGGUUUAUCCCCACGCGACAUGGUGGCGCUCUCCGGGGCUCACACCAUUGGGCAAGCCAGGUGCGUCACCUUCAGGAGCCGGAUAUAUAACUCAACAAACAUCGACCUUUCAUUUGCCUUAUCCAGACGGAGGAGCUGCCCUGCGGCAACUGGCUCCGGCGAUAACAACGCCGCCAUUCUCGAUCUCCGCACACCUGAAAAGUUCGACGGCAGCUACUUCAUGCAGCUUGUCAACCACAGGGGACUUCUCACAUCAGAUCAGGUCUUGUUCAACGGAGGUUCCACCGACUCGAUCGUCGUAUCCUACAGCCGGAGUGUCCAAGCAUUCUACAGAGAUUUUGUAGCGGCGAUGAUAAAAAUGGGCGACAUCAGCCCACUCACCGGGUCCAAUGGACAGAUCCGUCGCAGCUGUCGCAGGCCCAACUAAAAUAGUCUCUACUAUUAAGCCCAUAAUAAUCUCUUAGUGAACUGUUUUUUUCUUAUUUUAAUGUGCAUCAUUCUGAUGUUAUUGCGAUAUGUCAAUUAAUUAAACCGGAAAUAUCUAUUGUUUAAUCGAUAUAAUAUAUAAUAUAAUUAAGUAACAGAUCAAUAGAGG